AUGGAUACACUUGUCAUUCCGGUGGAUUUCGCAGACCCCUACAUUGGAGGUGAAUUUCUUCGCUUCGGUAACGUCCAGGAGGAGCUGAUGUGCUGCAUGCAACCAGAGAUCCUGUCUGGUCGCCUCUUCAUGGAACGUCUCCUGCCGCGAGAAGCGGCCCUCGUCAUCGGAGCCGAAAGAUUCUGCAGUUGUAGGGGUUAUGCGCGCGAUUUAGUGUGGGCAGAAGAUUUUAGGGAAGCCGAUCACGGCAGCGCUCGGUAG